ACAUGUGCCAAAUGUGCAUUCGCCGGCGACGUCGCAGCCGGGAACUUUCCUUUUUCCCGCAAUUUAUUAGCGCGCGCGCGCCGCGCCACCGCCGUCCUCGCGUUUAAAGGCGACGAGACGACGAACAACACGAAGCUCUCCUUCCCCCCCUCACCUCGAUGUCGCCAUCGAGCUCUACGCCUUCUCGGCUAUAGCCUAGCUUGCUUGCAUUGAGCUCGAUCGAUCUGGCAUGGUGGCGUCGGCGGCGGCGAUGGACGCGAGCAAGUACGUGAGGUACACGCCGGAGCAGGUGGAGGCGCUGGAGAGGCUGUACUACGAGUGUCCCAAGCCGAGCUCGCUGCGGCGGCAGCAGCUGGUGCGGGAGUGCCCGGCGCUGGCGAACGUGGACCCGAAGCAGAUCAAGGUGUGGUUCCAGAACCGCCGGUGCCGGGAGAAGCAGCGCAAGGAGUCGUCGCGGCUGCAGGCGCUCAACCGCAAGCUCACCGCCAUGAACAAGCUCCUCAUGGAGGAGAACGACCGCCUCCAGAAGCAGGUCUCCCAGCUCGUCUACGACCACGGCCGCCACGGCGUCGCCGCCGCCGGGAUGAUGCGGCGAGUUCCUGCCUUCCCUCCUCAGGCCGCCGCCGCCGCCGGCCACCAGCUCGCCACCGCCACCGACACCAGCUGCGAGUCGGUCGUCACCAGCGGCCAUCAUCAUCAGCAGCAGCAGCACAACGUCGUCCAGCCGCCGCCGCGCGACGCAAGCCCAGCUGGGCUGAUGUCGAUCGCGGAGGAGACAUUGACGGAGUUUCUGUCCAAGGCCACCGGAACCGCCGUCGAGUGGCUCCAAAUGCCUGGGAUGAAGCCUGGUCCGGAUUCCAUUGGAAUCAUCGCCAUCUCGCAUGGCUGCGCCGGCGUCGCCGCGCGAGCUUGCGGCCUCGUCGGCAUGGAGCCCGCUAAGGUUGCCGAAAUACUCAAGGAUCGGCCGCUGUGGCUGCGCGAUUGCCGGUCCAUGGAUGUGGUGAACGUGCUCCCUGCUGGCGCCAACGGCACCAUCGAGCUGCUCUACAUGCAGCUCUAUGCUCCGACGACGCUGGCGCCGGCUCGCGACUUCUGGCUGCUGCGGUACACCUCCAUUCUCGACGAUGGAAGCUUAGUGGUGUGUGAGAGAUCACUCAGUAGCAAGCAAGGAGGCCCAAGCAUGCCACUUGUCCAGCCUUUUAUCAGAGGUGAGAUGCUUCCCAGUGGGUUCUUGAUCCGGCCUAGCGAUGUUGGAGGCAGCGUGAUACACAUCGUUGAUCAUAUGGACCUCGAGCCUUGGAGCGUGCCUGAAGUUGUACGACCUUUGUAUGAAUCUUCUGCCAUGGUUGCGCAGAAGAUCUCGAUGGCGGCUUUGCGCUACCUGAGGCAGGUUGCACACGAAGAUACACGUUCUGUGAUCACAGGAUGGGGAAGGCAGCCUGCGGCUUUGCGUGCUCUGAGCCAAAAGCUCACCAGAGGAUUCAAUGAAGCUCUCAAUGGGCUUGCCGAUGAUGGAUGGUCCGUGAUCGAGAGCGAUGGCGUCGACGAUGUUUGCAUCUCUGUCAAUUCAUCCAAAGUGAUCGGUUGCAAUGCAACAUUCAGCAGUGGACUCCCUAUUGUCAGUACCGGUGUUCUUUGUGCCAAGGCAUCCAUGCUGUUGCAGGAUGUCUCUCCUCCAUCACUACUGCAAUUUUUGCGCGAACACCGGUCACAGUGGGCCGACAGCAAUUUAGACGCAUUCUUCGCCUCCACGAUGAAACCAAACUUCUGCAAUUUACCCAUGUCCCGUCUUGGAGGAUUCAGUGGUCAGGUCAUACUUCCUUUAGCACACACGUUUGAACCUGAAGAGUUCCUGGAAGUUAUCAAGCUAGGAAACGCCAGCAACUACCAAGAUACACUGGUGCACCGUGAUCUGUUCCUCUUGCAGAUGUACAAUGGAGUAGAGGAGAGCAGUGCAGGAACAUGUUCAGAGCUCAUCUUUGCGCCCAUCGACGCAUCGUUCAGUGAUGAUUCCCCACUGCUGCCUUCCGGUUUCCGCAUCAUCCCAAUCGAUUCUCCUCUCGACACGUCGAGCCCGAACUGCACGUUGGAUCUCGCGUCCACGCUCGAAGCCGCGACGCCACGGAGCAGGAUCAGCGGCGUCAAUGGCGGCGGCGGCGGCUGUGCUGCUGCUGCGGCGAGCUCUAGCUCCAAGGCGGUGAUGACGAUCGCGUUCCAGUUCGCGUUCGACGGCCACCUGCAGGACAGCGUGGCCGCCAUGGCGCGGCAGUACAUGCGCAACAUCAUCUCGUCGGUGCAGAGGAUCGCCGUGGCGCUCUCGUCCUCCCGCCUCGUCCCUCCCGGCGCCGGCGCCGCCGCCGCGCAGCUCUCACCGGUGACUCCGGAGGCGGCGACGCUGCCCAGAUGGAUUUGCCAGAGCUACAGAUUUCAUUUUGGAGAUGAACUCAUCAAAUCUGUAGAUGCAAACAGCAGCAAUGAAUCGAUUCUGAAAGCAGUUUGGCAUCAUCCGAGUGCCAUACUCUGCUGCUCUCUCAAGGCGAUGCCAGUGUUCACAUUUGCAAACCAGUCUGGCCUCGACAUGCUCGAAACAACUCUGGUGGCGCUCCAAGACAUGACGCUGGAGAAAGUUUUCGACGAUCAAGGGAGGAAGAACCUGUGCACAGAGCUCCCCAACAUCAUGGAGCAGGGGAUGGCGUGCAUGGAGGGAGGGGUGUGCGUGUCGAGCGUUGGGAGGGCGGCGUCGUACGAGAAGGCGGUGGCGUGGAAGGUGGUCGACGGCGACGGCGGCGGCGCCCACUGCAUCUGCUUCAUGUUCAUCAACUGGACCUUCCUUUGAUUUCAUUUCAUUAUACACCCCAAUGCAAAACGGAUAUAUAAUAUUACAACUAGUGCAAUUUACGUACGUAAUCUCAUGAAACAGCGUGUACAAAUGUUUUGGAUUUUGAGAACCGCGGUGCUAGUUUUUGUACGGAUCGAUAGUGGAUACAUUCUCUGUUCGGAGUAGGGAUAAAAAUGGCUUCUUCUUUUU